GCGGGUUGGAGCUGCAGCGGUCUGGAAGAGGUCUUUGAGCUGAGGCGGCGGCGGCGGCUCCUCCGGCUCCAUCAUGUCCGCGGGCGGAGACUUCGGGAAUCCGCUGAGGAAAUUCAAGCUGGUGUUCCUAGGAGAGCAGAGCGUUGGAAAGACAUCCUUGAUCACCAGAUUCAUGUAUGAUAGUUUUGACAACACCUAUCAGGCAACAAUUGGCAUUGACUUCUUAUCAAAAACAAUGUACUUGGAGGAUCGAACCGUGCGAUUGCAAUUAUGGGACACAGCAGGUCAAGAGCGGUUCAGGAGCUUGAUUCCUAGCUACAUUCGUGACUCCACUGUGGCAGUUGUUGUUUAUGAUAUCACAAAUGUUAACUCAUUCCAGCAGACUACAAAAUGGAUUGAUGAUGUCAGAACAGAAAGAGGAAGUGAUGUCAUCAUCAUGCUAGUAGGAAAUAAAACAGAUCUUGCUGAUAAGAGGCAAGUGUCAAUUGAGGAGGGAGAGAGGAAAGCCAAAGAGCUGAAUGUUAUGUUUAUUGAAACCAGUGCAAAAGCAGGAUACAAUGUAAAGCAGCUUCCUACAAUUGCCUCCCACCUGAGAACCCAAGGCUGCUCCCAAUAUCUGACUGUGGCCCUCAACUGCUCUGAUAGCCUCCGAAAAAUCAACUGCUCUGAGAGCCUCCGAAAAGAACCUAUUCCUCCAGCUGGACUUUGAGACCCUUCCUGACCUGACCCUGAUGACCUCAGAGGACGUCUCUCCAAUGCCACUUCCUCCAUGGUAAGCCUUCCAACCAGGCCAGACUCCAGCUAUUAGGUGAACACAUUUGCAAACAUACACAUCCCUCUUCCCGGCCUCUGCUCAUGUAGCUCCUCCUACCAGCGCCAGCUUCCUCACUGAGUCCACUAACCAACUCUCUGCUGCAGGCUCCUCCAACAACUUAAGAUUGUGAGACCUAAGGAGUCACUUCCAGUCCUUAGACCUCAGCUUCCCCAUCUGUAAAGUGGGACUAAUAGCACCAACUGCUACCAACCCCCAGUCCUUGGAGGAUGAAAUGACAUAACCAUGCCAUGUGCUUAGCAUAGUGCCUGGCCCUCCGCAGGAGGAUAUACCCAGGGGGGUUUUCUGUCUUCUCUGCUUCUUCCCAGUAGACUCUCUCUCCAGGUGAGAGAGGACUCAGCCGUUCCACAGGCGGAAGCAGCAGUUUAGAGUCUGGAGUCUGUCAGGUGGGGGCCCAUGUUGGGCCUCAGGCAACUCUUCAAACCCUCACUUCCACCAGUCUCUAAGCAUUCUCACUUUUACAGCCUAAAUGCCUGUGCUCCUCAGCCUGUCAGUCAGCAAGGCUUAGUCCACACCCACAUCCUGUUGCCUGGAGACUGGCCCCACCUCCUAGAUGGUCCCUGGGUAUUCACACUUAACCCCUUACUGUUUGCUCCCUACCCACCAGCCCACCGGCCUUUUGUGUUUGUUUUUGAGACAGGGUCUGGCUCUAUGGCCUAGGCUGACCCCAGACUUUUAAUAGGCCUGUCUCAGCGUCCCAAGUGCUGGGAUUAUAAGCACACGCUGGUUUGCAGACCAGCUCUUUGAAAAUACAAGUCUGGCAGCUCGGUAAAGGUGCCUUUAAUCCUGGGAAGCAGAGGCAGGAGAAUCUCCAAAUACCAGGUCAGCCAGAGCUACACAGAGAAAAACUCUGUCUCAGACAAACCAAACCAAACCAAAACCAACAACCCAACAACAACAACGACAACUGUCUGGAACUGUGAGGAUGGCUCAGUUAGUGGGCACAAAACCCAACUCCCAUUCCUAGCACCCAUGGCUUCAUAUGCCCAGUCCCAGAGCUAGGAUAGCAAACACAGGAGGCUUCCCAGCCAGUCUAACUAAACUGGUAAGCCCCAGAUCCCAGUGAGUAGCUCUGUCACAAAAAUAAGGUGAACGGCUGUUACGAAACAACACCGAAGUUGAUCUCUGGCCUCCACACAGCUGUGUGCACAGCCACAAAUAAACACACACAACACAAAUAUAAAUAAAUCGAUUCGGAGGUUGUAAAAGACGGGAGCUGAGCUGAUCGGUCCAUUCUUGCCUUUUGCCCAGAAACUGUCAAUGGCUUAUGGGUGCUGUUAGCAGACACCAGGAUCCUUAAAGCAAGGCAUGGCGGUCCAUGCUUGUAAUUCUAGCUCUUGGAAAGCCGGGCCAAGAGGAUCACUGCAAAUGCGAGGCCAGUCUGGGCUACAUGAUGAGUUCAAGGCCAGCCUGUGAUCCAAAGUGAUACUCUAAGUAAAAAAUAAAAGAAAACCAAUAUUCUUAGCACAAGGCAGAGCCUGAACUUGCAGCUGUCCUCCCACCAACCUCAGCCCAUUCCUUGGGCUUCAGCCACCCUGACAGCCUAACCCACUGGCCUUUGUGCAUACAGCACCCCCUUACCGAGAAAGCUGCUUCCUUCACCACAGCCCCACCUUUCACCCCACUGAUGUUUAUCCUGCAAGUCUCAGGUUAAGCUUCAAGUGAACUCACACUUGGAUCAGAUCCUAAAAGGGUAACAUGCUGCAUAGCCCAGCCCGAGCAGUAACUGGUAUCAAAAUGGAAUAAUUAAUCAGUUGUUUUAUAUCUGGCCCCUUCUUGACUGAGUGCAGGAGGGUCAAGCCUGCAUCCCUUGGUUUACUUCUGAUCCCCUGGCCUGUGGCAUGGUGCCUGACACAUAGUUAGAACUCAAUACAUAUCUGUUGUGUGGACAAAUGAGCCUCAGUCUUACCAUCCGCAGAGAGGGAACAAUAACCCACCCUCGAAGGACUGUUCUGAGUGGCAUCAUAUCUGAUAUAUGCAUCCCUCUUUUCUAGCUCCCAUGCAACCCUCCAGUGAGUCUUCAUGGAAGCUUCUCUCCCUACUCCUGGGAGCACUUACUGACUCCUCCCUUCUCCACAGGGGACUCCAGGGGACUGAAUCUACAUGAACUUUUCCACUCUAGAUUGAAGAGAUAGGCAGAGACCGAGUCUGAGUCACCCAUGAUUCCAUGGCACACGGGGCAGCGGGGAGGGGAAAGCUCAGGGACUCACCGGGGUGGAGUUUGCCUCCAUCAGGGCUGUCUUCCAUGCUCUGCAAAGCAAGGCCCUCCAGAUGAUGAGGAAAGAUUUACAUAUGGGGACCCCACCUUGUAGAUGCUCCAACCCCACCCAGCCCCUAGCCCCCACCUUUCCUAACUUUCAGGUAGACAAAAGCAACUCUCUACUGCCCUAGUCACACGGAUGGCCCCUGAGGUGAGCUAAUAACCCUGAGUCCAGCUUCUUCCCUUCAGUUGUCCUGAGUUUGGCAGGGCAGGGUGUCUCUUCUGAACCUUGCAUGUCUGGGUAAUGCUCUGCCUGCAACCCACCUCCAUGUUCCAACUUGCACAGCUUUCCAGAGCCAUGGCCCAAGACUCAGGAAUGCCCAGAGGAUACAGGACAAUUGGGCCUUUGUUGGUUGCCAUGGCAUCUGGCUGGGGUAGACAAGGCAGCUCUAUGCUGUGGGCCCAGAGCAUAGCUGCCCCUCCACCCACACCCUCAUCUCUUUCCUUCUCCUCCAGGGCAGAGGCCCAGCUGCUCAGGCUGAGGGUAGGAGGGGGAAGAAUGUAUGGGAAUAGACGGCACUGAGAAAGAUACCCUCGUCUUCCCAGGAUGGGCUGCAUCUAAUGUUGGGGUGCCCUGCUUGGACACUGCCAGUGGCCUUCCGAAGGCAGGUCUAGGCCUACCCUUCAGCUCAGAGUCCCGUUCACCAUUGCAGCUCUUUGAGGGUCUUUUGAGAUGUCGCUGGGCAUAUCAGCUCAUUUCUAUCAGCCUGGGAGAGGGAUCCCUUCACAGGCUGCAAAUUAUCUGAUUCCAAAUGUCUGGAGACCCAGCGCCCGAGGCAGCUGUGCCUCCGUCCCUGAGUUCUCUGGCUCUGCACCAGUUACCUGAAAUGCUGCUGUCCUGUGCUCGGCCUGUAUGGCAUAACCUUGCUAACUGGCCUUAAAUUCCCUCCUCUACUUGCACCCCAAGAUCCUACUCCACACAGCUCCUGAAUCCACUCACAUGGCAUCAUCCCGGGUCUCUGCGCACAGGUGCAGGCGGGAACCCUCCCGUAGGUUCACUGUCAGCAGGCCAUCUCGGCUCCUGCCCUCUGGGGGCUGCACAUCUGGAAGGAGACACACAUACAUGAGGAUUCCAGAGACCCUAGAUUCCCUGACCCCCGGAAACCACACACAGUGGCAAGGGUUGACUUCUUGGGGUCCUGUUUGCUAGACAUUAUUAAUCUCUGGUCCCACAUACUUUCUUGGGAGUAGUGCACACCCUGUCAGCCUUUCCUAUUACUCACUUCCUAGCACAUCCCCAGUUACUGUAUUCUACUGUGGCCUCAGUCAUGGUGGAAGCAUUAGAUUCACUGUGUGACUCCAGGCCAGUCACAUCACAUCUCUAAGCGUAUGUCAUCUUCCUCUGCUCUCUAGAACCUGCAGGCAUUUUAUCUGGGGUCACCUAUAGGGCACAGCACAGCGUAGGAACUCAACCAAGGACCAACUUCUUUUUUUUUUUUUUUUUUUUUUGGUUCUUUUUUUCGGAGCUGGGGAUCGAACCCAGGGCCUUGCACUUCCUAGGCAAGCGCUCUACCACUGAGCUAAAUCCCCAACCCCAAGGACCAACUUCUUAACGCACAGCUAACUAGCCUACAUUUGGCAAAGGCCCAGAAGCAGUGUUUGUGGGAGCUCCCGGGAAGCACCCAAGAGCCUUUCAAUUAAAAUUCUCAGACAUAGGGAAGACCCUGACCAUGGGGAGAGUUCCAUCAAAGACAUGCUUCUACUCACCCUGACACUCCUGGCCGACCUUUAUGUCUCGGACAUUGAAGUGGAUAACUACACGGUCCUCCUCGUCCUGUGCCGUCUCAUCGUGGUAGUAACCCAGCGUGCCAUCCAACCACAGAGCAAACCAAUUCCGCUUCCAGCGGCGGAGGAUGGAGCCUGCAUGAUAUUCCAGACCCACCAGGGAAGCUGAGCCCUGAGCCUGCUAGGGUUUGCAAGAGCUCUGGGCCCCAUUACUAUCAUUUCUUUCUUGCCUCUCUACCCUCUCACAUGAGGACAAGGCAUAUAUAUAUAUUUAUAUAUAUAUAUCUGCCAGCCACCAGCCUGACACACAGUAGAGGCUCAAUAAAAGUGUUGAACUGGGCUGGAGAGAUGGCUCAGUGGUUAAGAGUACUGACUGCUCUUCCAGAGGUCCUGAGUUCAAUUUCCAGCAACCACAUGGUGGCUCACAACCAUCUGAUGCCCUCUUCUGAUGUGUCUGAAGACAGCUACAGUGUACUCAUAUAAAAUAAAUAAAUAAAAUCUACAAAAAAAAAAAAA